AUGGGGUUGGGUUUGGAUCGAGGCUGGUCUCCAGAGCAGGCCGACUUCCGCAGACGCAGCGCUGAUGAAUUAGGCAACGGGUUGUGCGCACGGCUGUGUCGAGGGGAGCAGAGGGCCUCUCCAGGCCUCGCCGAGGCCCUCCGGGAGGGGCGCAAAGACUCCUUGGUCCCCAACCGCCGCCUCCACUCCGGAGCUGGGAAUAAUAGUGGUCUCGCUGCGUUUUUAGCUGAGCGCCGAUUUUGGAACCGCGACCUCUGGCCUUGCGCGCGCAUGAUGACUCGCAGGAUCUCGGGUUUCCAGGGAAACGAGCUUCGCAGUAGCAGCCAGUGCAGGAUCUGCCUCUCUUCUGCGCUCCAACGCUGGGACGCACGCAGCGCUUCCUCCACUGAGCUGCGGGGCUACGUAGAACUGGAACCGUCCCAUACUGCUGACUCUGAGAAAAAGUGGGUCUACCCUUCAGAACAGAUGUUCUGGAAUGCAAUGUUAAGGAAAGGGUGGAAGUGGAAGGAUGAGGAUAUUAACAAAAAAAAAAUUACACAGAAAGAUACGUAUAAUAUCACAAAGAUUCACAAUCAGAAUAACGAGCAGGCCUGGAAGGAGAUUUUGAAGUGGGAAGCCCUUCAUGCUGCUGAGUGUCCUUGUGGUCCCUCAUUGAUCCGAUUCGGAGGGAAAGCAAAGCAGUAUUCAGCAAGGGCCAGAAUUCGUUCCUGGAUGGGGUAUGAGUUGCCUUUUGACAGGCAUGAUUGGAUCAUCAACCGCUGCGGGACGGAAGUUAGAUACGUGAUCGAUUACUACGAUGGUGGCGAAGUGAACAAGAACUACCAUUUCACCAUCCUGGAUGUGCGCCCUGCCUUGGAUUCGCUUUCUGCUGUAUGGGACAGAAUAAAGGUUGCUUGGUGGCUCUGGACGUCAUAACCAAUGUUUUGUUUGUGAUGGAAAAAUAUAAAAUAUUUUUUUCUGAAGGGUACAUUAUACUAUUUCCCUAAACUGAGUCCCACUCAUGAUUUAAGAAGAGUUUGAAGUGGGCAGACACAUUUCAUCAUUUACUUAGUGAGAGACACUCUCUCCAUUAACCUCUGAGUCCCGUUUGCCUUGCACUCCAUAGCAGACCAUUUUAAGUUUUCCUCCCACUUCAUUCAGGUGGGCAGCAGUCUUUUGGCUUUCCCUUUAACUUCGCUAUUGCUUGUUUAGUUCGUCUAAAAAAAGUCUUAACUUCUGUAAAAGAACUUUUGAAAAAUAUUCAGAGUUGUCUUGUUUUUUUUCAGGAAUGAGAUGUAAAACCUGAAAGUCAGUGCAAUGUUCAUGAACUUUUUCCUGGUCAAGUAUUAUAACUGAAACUUAGAAACAAGACAUAGUUACACUUUUUAAAAAAUGACCAGCAAUUCUAAAGACCCUGCAAUGUAGUAGUAGCCCUGAACGAAAUGUAUAUACUGCAAAUGUAUUCAGCAAGAAUAAGCAUGUCUCAGCUCUCCAAAUUUUCAUUAAGUGAGUUUUUCACACCGGACCUUGUUAUAGAAAUUUAAGCCACCGGGAAGCAGUAAUCCACAUAUUUUGAACACGUAUUUUAACUUUAAAUUUUUCCUCUUUAUUCCUAUAAUUCUAAUUUGUAAGUCUGCUUCCCCCAAAACAGGUAUCAUUGUCCCUGGCAUUUGACAGGUCGUCCCAACUUGGAGCUCCAUUCCUGCCCAGCCGGGGAGCUUUCCUUCCAGUCGGCUGAAUCCAAACCCUGAGAGCACGGCUGAAGUCACAGAGCCAGAGCUGAUCCCUCUGUAAACCAUGAGGACAUUCGGCUGUGGGUUAAAGUUCACAAGAAGAGUGUUUUUUCUCAAAUGUAGAGUAUUUGCAUCAAUUCAGAGUCUUGAAUUUGUUUUUGUUUUAAGGAAGCUCUAAAUUUGCUGUUGGAAUUCUUUGUUUCAGUAAUCCAUGGACUGGUUUUUCUAAUUAUAGCAGCAUGUUGCAAAUGAUUGUUUUUUCUUCAUUGCUGUUAACAUUAAAUCUUUCAUUUUUCCUGAAAACUAGUGUUAAAUUAGUGGAUGAAACUGGCAGUCUGAAUGAUUAUCUUGCUGUGGAUGUCUCUGUUAUGUCAGUUCUGUGUGGGAUUUUAAAAAAUCAACAAUUUUAAGUUGUACAUGUCAAAUAUUUAUAUUUUUUAAAUAAAGCUGAUAGUUAAUGGUUUUGAAAAAAAAUUGU